AUGGAAACUGAAGUCAAAACCGAAACAACGCCUGCUGUUGUGGAAGAGGACACACAGCCGGAGGUUGAGAAGCAGACCAACGGCGAGAAGAAUGGCAACGAGAGUGGUCCGGCAUCUGCGGAAACAAAAAAAGAGAGUAGCCGCGCCGGUAAAGAGACCCGAGAAGGUACUCGUAGUUCUCGACGAGAACGUGAUCGCAACAACAGGACUCGACGUCGUUCUCGUUCUCCAGUUGGUCGUAAAAGCGAAGAUCGCCCGAACAAAGCCUCGCGAAGUGUCUACGUUGCCAAUUUUCCUUUUGAUGUAAAGUGGACUGAACUAAAAGAUUUGUUCAAGGAAAAAAUUGGUGCAGAUGCAGUUCGUUUUGUUCAGCUAUUUGAAAACGAAGAAGGAAAGCCAAGAGGAUGCGGCCUAGUUGAGCUUUCUACUCCAGAAAUGGCAAAAAAAGCAAUUGAAGUUCUUAAUCGCCAUAUGAUUCGAGGCCGAGCUAUUGUUGUCAAGGAAGAUCUUGAUGUAGAGCGUGAUCGAUAUGGAAAGCUAAUUCUCCGCUCCCGAAGAGACCGGGAAAGUGUUCGAGAUCGCGAACGCGGCGAUCGGAGAAGUCGUGAUCGGGACAGGGAUGAGCGAGACUAUGGCAGCCGUUCAUAUCGAAGUGUUUCCAACUCAGGUUCGUCCUAUAACACCUACGGCCUCAGUCCACAGUUUCUCGAUUCGCUGGGAAUCAAAGGUCCAUUGAACAAUCGGGUCUUCGUCGCCAAUCUCGAUUACAAGGUCAAUGAAAGUAAGCUCGAGGACAUAUUUCGCCUUGCCGGAAAAGUCGUUCGCGUCAAGUUGACCAAGGGUCGCGAUGGGAAGUCAAAAGGCUUUGGGGUUGUUGAGUUUGAGCACCCUGUGGAGGCAGUUCAGGCGAUAUCCAUGUUCAACAAUCAGAAGCUGUUUGAUCGUCUUCUAAGCGUUCGCUUAGAUAAGUUCGACGAGGAGGAUGCUUUCAAUGAGGAUUACGGCCCCAAAAAGCUGCCUUCAGGACUUUGCAGCAUUGGCCAGGGGUUGGGACUGGGAGGCAAACCUCUCGAUAUUUCGAUGAGUAUGAUCAACAGUGGAAUCGUCGGGGGAACCGGUGUUGCUCCGCCUGUCAUGUCGGCCACUGCUCCAACCAACGUCGUUCCGCAAGCUGCUUCCGCUGCCAUUUCUGCUUUGACCAACCUUGCUGGAAAUCUGCAAAGCUUGCCCACUUUGGCUCAUUCUCUUGCCCAGUUUUCAAACAUGCCUGCUCACAGUGGUCCACACGGCAAUUCUUCCAUUCCUCCUGCUGGCUACUCAACCUCCGCCACUGAACACCACCCGCAAGCAGCGGUUCCACCUGUGUACGGUGGGCACUACCAGACUGUUCCCCAAGGAAGUAACAUGGUGAGUUCGCAGCAGCCGCAGCACUACUCCACCAGCUCGAUGGCACCCUCGGCUGGCUAUGGACAUCCUCAGGCGGCAAGCAUCAGUCACUCGGCGGCUUACACUUCACCCGCGGCGCCUGCUUCUGCAGCCGCUCCUGCUGUCAUUAGCUCGUACUCGACCUACGACCAGCGACCUGAAUAUCGCGAUGAGCAGAAGUACCGCAGCAGCUCCACCAGUGACACUAUUUACGUUCGCAACCUGCCGAUGUCCUUCAACUGGCAGAAUUUGCGCGAUCGAUUCAACGAAAUCGGUGAGGUCCGUUUCGCUGAAAUGAAAGGCCACGGAACUGCACUCGUUCGAUUUGUUAGCGGUCGUGACGCUCAGCGGGCUUGUGACCUCAUGAACGGAAUUCGCAUUGAGAACCGCCCCAUUGAUGUCGACUUGUACUACUGA